CAGAGCAGUGCAAGGACUAGCAGCAAACACUGCCCGAUCCUCUGGCUCCCUCCCCUCUCGAACAGGAGCUGGUGCACGCUUGCACGAAAAGGAGGGGGGGGAAAGAGGGGCGGGGGCUAACGCCUUUCCUCUCCGAGCCCCCUUCCUCCCACCGACCCAGGGUGGGGGAGGAAGAAAGAGGCUAGAAAAUCCCCGCCAGGUCUGCUCGCUCGUGCGUUCUUCUUCGCGGCUCGCCGAUCACAGCGGGACCUUUUCGUUUUUGCAAAGGCACCGCGCGAAGCGAAGGAGGAAGAGGUUUCUCCACCCCCACCCCCCGUCUGGGGCUUGCUCUCCUGCGCAGCCCUCCAAAACUUUCCCGCUUUGCAUCGGCUGUCGUUCCCCCACCUUCGGCUCCUGCGAUGAGCGGCAGCCGCCUCCUCCUCGUCCCCAGCCAUGGGGGGCGGCGGCGAUCGGCGGCUUCUGCUCGGGACCCCGCCGGCAAGGAUCGCCCCAGCAGGAAGGCGGAGUGAGAAAGGCGCGCGGAGCGGCAACACCAAGGAAGCGGCGGCGGCGGCGCGGGGAAGAAAGGCGGCGGGAGAGGGAAGGAAUUCCCAGCACCAGCAGCCUCCGGCCCGCCCGCCCUGCGCGCCUCCUCCCCGGGCCGAGCGGCGAGGGCGCCCCGCAGCACCCAUGGCCUAAGAGGAACAUCAGCCUGCAACCCUCCCGGAUAUAGAAAGCCCCAUGCCUGGCCAGCUUUCUGCAAUACUUAGGGUCUUGGGUUGCCUUCUUUCAAAAAACAGAACAAAACCUGGGCUGGAGGAGACUGGAUUUUCCCAACCCUUUGAUACGCGUUACAACGCUCUUGAGCCCAACUCCUCCUGAAUUACCAUUGUUUCCACUUUUACAGCAACAACAUUCGCUUCUUUUGCACGUAGUCCCUCAAACCUACUCCAGCUUGGCUUUUGUUUUUUAGGGGAGGGGGAAAAAUAUAUUUCGGGACACUUUUUUGGUAAUUCCCUCCCCUUGCAAGGGCGCUGUUUGGGGGCAUCGCUAUACUAGCGCGUGGAAAACUAGCAAAUAAAAGUAUUAGGUGGGGUGGGAAGGGGUUGGGAGUUGCAUUUCUUCCCCCACCUGGAGAGAAAGUGGGAAGGGAGAGAAGGAAAAGACCUCUCGCUAUGGCUGGGAGCAGCGACUGUGCGAGCAGGGUCCGAAGCCAAGGCAGCUGGAGCUCGGGCGAGGAGAAAAACUCUCCGUCUGCAGCGGUGGCAGAGGGAGCCUUAGGCGCCGGUUGCAACGGCUGCUGUUCCUCUGCUGGGCCGGAGGAAGUGGAGAGCAGCAACACUGAGAAGAAUGACCAUCAUCCCCAUCGGGUAGGAGGCUGGAGGAGUGGCGAAGAAGAGGCUCUUCCCAAGGUCUGGACGUGCUGCAAACUUUCCUGCGCUCUGGGCGCAGGCUCGCUGGCUCUGCUCUUGGCGCUCGGGACCCGCUUGGUGCGCAGCGCGGGCGAGGAAGAGGCGGAAGAAGAAGGAGGAGUAGAGGCCGCUGAGGGCGACGGGGCGCCCGGCCCAGGUGCGAGCUGGCCCCCGAUCCCGGGCUCGGCGCUGUGCUGCCUCCUCCUGGCCGCCUAUUUCUGGCUGGGCUGGGCCUUGCUGCGCGCCGGGGUCCGCUUGCGCACGGCGGCGCUGCUCGUGGCCGCCUGCUGCGUUGGGGAAGCGCUCGCGCAGCUGGCCUUGGCCCCCGGGGAGGAGCGCCUGCUCUCGCUGGCCGCCACUGGGGUGGUGCUGGGCUGCUUGGCCGGCGGGACAUGGCUGGCGCUGCGGCUCCGCCACGGCGUGCUGAUGAUCGCCUUGACUAGCGCCCUGCGGAUCGCCUCGCUCGCCUCCCUGGAGAGCAUCCGCGCGCCUUGGAGACCUUACCUGGCUUAUCUGCUCGCUUUGCUGGGCAUCCUUGGCGCAGGCUACGCGCGCCACGCCUUGCGCCGCUGCCGCGCCGCCGGGAAACAGGAGGAGGCGGAGGAGGAGGAGGAAGGCACCGAAGGGGCGGAAGGAGCGGGCUGUGGCGCUGCUGCUGCUGCUGCUGCCCGGCCGGCCAAGGAAGAGGUGCCGGUUUUUAAGCGCAGGAGGAGAUCCAGUUCGAUGAUCUCCGCCGAGAUGGCUGGCUGCGGCAAUAAGUCCCAUCGCAGGACCUCCUUGCCUUGCAUCCCCCGAGAGCAGAUCAUGGGACAUUCUGAUUGGGAUCACAAACGAGGACCCAGAGGAUCUCAGUCUUCAGGCACCAGUAUUACAGUUGACAUUGCAGUCAUGGGAGAGGCUCACGGACUUAUUACAGACCUCCUGGCAGAUCCUUCCUUACCACCAAACGUCUGCACCUCCCUUCGGGCGGUGAGCAACCUGCUCAACACACAGCUAACCUUCCAAGCCAUCCACAAACCGAGGAUCAACCCUUUGGCAUCUUUCAAUGAGAACUACACCUGUUCUGACUCAGAGGAAUGCUCAGAGAAGGGAGAAAAGCUGACUAUUCCCAAGCGCUUCCGGAAAAGUCUGCCCCCAGGUCUUUUGCGGCGAGUGUCGUCCACUUGGACAACAACCACAUCUGCAACUGGUUUGCCCACUUUGGAGCCAGCUCCAGUGAGAAGAGACCGCAGUGCUAGCAUCAAACUUCAUGAUACUUCGUCAUCUGGCUCCGACGCGUGGAACAAUUCCCUCCUGAUGAACCUCACCAAAAGCAGGUCGUUCUCCGCCUCCUAUGCAAUGUCCGCUGCAAACCAUCUGAAUUCCAAGCGGCCAAGUCGGCAAGGUAUCCCACCAAAUAUUUCGCCUCUUACCUCCCCAAGCCAUUCGCCCAUCCACGGCACUCCAGCCAGCAGCCCCAUCAGCAAGACCUCCAGCGAACAAUUCCCCGAGUCGACGGUCACUGCCACUAAGCAAACGCUGAAGCCCCAUAGGGUCUUGGGUUGCACCCAGAGUGCCCCUAACCUUUCGGAGGCUGUCGUGGCCACGCCUGUCAUUUGCAGCAGCUGCGGCAGACCGUAUAACCCAGCAGAACCCAGCGAAGGAUCUCUGAGCAGACGGGAAGGCGGAACGCACACCCUGAACAGAACAGAGGACCCAGCACAAGCCACCUCCGACUAUGAAACAAACAACAGCGACAGCAGCGACAUCUUGCAGAAUGACGACGAGACGGAGUGCUCCAAGGAACGGAAGCGUGUGGGGUCCAUCUGCAGGACGUACACGCCAGAAACGAUCAUACUGCAUACUCUGUUGCCGCCUGAGGACAAGCCUAUUCUUGCCCCAGAGCCUCUAAUAAUGGACAAUUUGGAUCCUCUUAUGGACCAGCUAAACAAUUGGAAUUUCCCAAUCUUCGAUUUGGUAGAGAAGAUAGGCAAGAAAUGUGGUCGGAUCCUCAGUCAGGUGUCCUACAGGCUCUUUGAGGAUAUGGGGCUAUUUGAAACCUUUAAAAUUCCCAUGAGAGAGUUUAUGAACUACUUCCAUGCUUUGGAGUGUGGAUACCGAGAGAUACCUUAUCACAACAGGAUCCAUGCCACUGAUGUUCUCCACGCUGUUUGGUACCUUUCAACGCAGCCUAUACCAGGACUCUCAACUGUGAUUAAUGACCAUGGGUCAGCAAGCGAUUCAGAUUCAGAUAGCGGGAUCACUCACGGCCACCUGGGCUACGUCUUGUCGAAAACAUACGCACCAACAGACGAUGGCCAUGGAUGCUUGGCGGGCAACAUCCCUGCCCUCGAACUGAUGGCCCUUUAUGUAGCUGCUGCCAUGCACGAUUAUGAUCACCCGGGGAGAACCAACGCCUUCUUGGUUGCCACCAGCGCUCCUCAGGCUGUUCUGUAUAAUGACCGUUCUGUUUUGGAAAACCAUCAUGCGGCGGCUGCGUGGAACCUCUUCAUGUCCAGACCAGAAUAUAACUUCUUAGUCAACCUCGAUCAUGUGGAGUUCAAGCACUUUCGGUUCCUUGUCAUUGAGGCAAUCUUGGCCACUGAUCUGAAGAAGCACUUUGACUUUGUAGCAAAGUUCAAUGCCAAGGUCAAUGAUGACGUUGGCAUUGAUUGGACGAACGAGAACGACCGCUUGCUGGUUUGCCAGAUGUGCAUCAAGCUGGCGGACAUCAACGGGCCUGCGAAAUGCAAAGAAUUGCAUCUACAGUGGACGGAGGGCAUUGUCAACGAAUUUUACGAACAGGGUGACGAGGAAGCCAGCUUAGGCCUCCCCAUCAGCCCUUUCAUGGAUCGUGCCGCCCCUCAGCUUGCAAACCUCCAGGAAUCCUUCAUCUCUCACAUUGUGGGACCGCUGUGCAAUUCCUAUGACUCAGCAGGGCUGAUGCCAGGGAAGUGGGUUGAAGAUAACGAUGAGUCGGGCGAUACUGAUGAACAGGAGGAGGAAGAUGCGGCAGACAUGGACACCUAUGAAAAUCCCGAGUCAAGGAAGAAGAGGAGGAAAAUCUACUGCCAAAUCACUCAGCACCUACUUGAGAACCAUCAGAUGUGGAAGAAAGUCGUUGCGGAGGAGGAACGGAAAGCUGGGGCAGAAAAGCAACCCUCUGAAGAGAUUGAGGCUAUAAAAGAGGAGGAGGAAGAAAAAGGGAAGCCUAGAGGGGAAGAGGAAUGCAAAGCUCCCGAGACAAACCAAUGACAAGGAUAGGAUGUUGAGCAGUAUUUUGAGACAAGGAUGACUUGCGCACCUGUUCCUUUUUACAAGCCAGCACAACACUUAGACACAACACUGUAGAAAUACGGGAUAAUGCACCUACAGCUGUUUAAGUUGUUUCUCUUUACCUUUAAACUCCUCCGCUCAAAGAAGCUUUCACACUGCAACACCAACUUUUACAGACUUUCGUAUGGGAUGGGAAUAUUAGCUUGGGUUUAUCAGCUUCGUUUUGUUUUGUUUUGUUUUCGUUUUUUUAAUGAUGGCAUAUUAUGGUAACUGUGAUAAUGAAAGAGAAAAGAAGGAGGAGAAAUUUCUGCUCGCAGUGAAGGGAGUGGUGGUUGCCUUUGUUCUUCUGUCUCCAUGAUAUGGCGCCAGUGAUCUUAUCCGUGAAAUAUUGGUUCUGUUCUGCCAGUAUAGAUACACAUGCGGGGUGGUACGCAUAGCAUCCCUGAACAAAUGGAUGUGAUGUUGCAUUUGAGGCUGGCUGUGACACUAGAGUAUGUUAUCUCAGCACAUGCGCAUAAGGUUCCGACCCCAGAAUGUCACGAAAAUGACCCCUGCAUGGGGUGUAAAUUUUGUCUGCAAAUGUGACCUCCUUAUCUUUCUCAGCCUCGGGGAGCCUGUGUUAGAAGCACUCUGUCUUUCUUCUUCUUCCGCACAACUCAGAAUAAUUCAGGCAGGCAUAACCCAGGGGCAGCUUUGGGCAAGGGAGCCAAUGGCUGGCGCAAUCUUUUCUGCAGCUGGAUGGUAGCUCGUUUCCUAAAAGGGGCAUCCAUUGGCAAGUUAACACUAGCUGUAUUCACACCUGCAGACUGUACAAGUUUACACUGGAUCACACGUACGCUUUGUACAAGUUGCAAAUGACUGACACCAGUCACCUGCAGAAGGGAAUGCACAUCCAACCACUGGCGCUCAUCCGUCAUGUCCAAAGGUAUUCCCAGUCUCUUGAAUCAGAAAGCGCUGGGGAGAGAGAUUUGCAGGGCCCUCUUCAAUGCCUCCUUUGAUAAUAAUCACAUGGUUUCAGAUGUCUUGUGGGCUUAUGAAAAAAGAGGUGUAUUGGCUGAUUCUCAGUUUAAUGUCAAGUAACAACCAGGGAUGCUUGGCCACGGCUUAUUGUGAUAUUUUCAGUUCAUACUGGAAUUUGCAGGGAGGGUCAUCAAACUUGGUCCUCUGCACCAGUGGCUUUCAGAUUGUCUGUUUUUGGGGAACGCGUUUGGCAUUGAUUAGUUUGCUGCAAAUCAUGUGUAUAUCACUGGUAGUGAGAAGCAAGCUAUAUUUUGGGGAGAGUUAUUCUUCCAUUACAGAUCUUCCCAUAAAAGCAGUGGUGGGGAACCUGUGGCCUUCCAGAUGUUCUUGGACUCCAGUUGCCAUCAGCGCCAGCCAGAGUAACCAGUGGUCAAGGAUGAUGGGCAUUGUAAUCUUUCAACAUAUGGAGGGACCUAAGUCCCCUUCCUAGAGAAAGCCAUGACAGAUUUCCAAAGAGCCCCAGAGUUCUCCGAAACACAGCUUGGGAAACUACUGACGGGUUUAACUCUUGGCAGAAACGCCUGUGGAAAGCAUCUGUGCAAAAGUUGGGGGGACUUUUGAGGGUGGGGUUAUCUUUCUGCUCCUCUUUCAGGACAGGGAUUAACCAUGCUUCUCCUUUUCAGUGAAGGUGGUUUCCCAUGUAGCCUUUGACGUCUGCUGGAAAAAAUCUUAUGUAGAAUCAGUUAUAAUUUAACUUUUCCUAUAUAGGUAUGCUUGCAGGGCUACAAUAAUCUGGCAAAUGCAUGCAUUAGGUUUCAGGUCACCCUCAAAAUACCUUUAAGGAGGCGUUGUGACUGGGUGGGUGGGUGCAGAACAGGUGUGGAGAACCUUUGACCCUCCAGAUGUUUUGGACCCACACCUCCCAAUGACCAUGCUUGCUGGGGCUGAUGGGAGUCAUUCAGAAACAGCUGGAGGACUGACAGUUCCUCACAUCCAGCGUAGAAAAUGAUAUGAACUUAGGGGCCAAAUGCACAUUGUCAGUGUUUAUUUUUUCUGUUCUCAUUCUACUCACGGCCCCUAAUGUUGGUCAUGUGGGGUUUUAUUUUUAAAAGGAGGUUUCACUCUCAGUCUUUAAAAACAGCAGGAUGAGAGAUGUGGAACCAUCCAGGAUCUCUGAAGUCAAAGGACCUUUGCAGUGCUUAAACUGAAGAGCACAGAGGCCUACCCUUUGUGUGUGAGAGAGCAGCCACUGGAAGUGAGGUCAAAGCGUGUCAUUCCGCAGCAAGGAAUUAAUUGGUAAUUAGUAGCUUGCUUAGAUCCUCCGUGAUCCAACAGAAGGAUUUAUUUAUUUUUACUUUGGAAUUUGGUUUUGCUGUUUUGAAAAGCAAACAGAAGAUCAGGUCUUCAGCAAUAUGUGUUUUUUUUUUGGUCGCUUAACUGAUUUUUUUUUAAAAAAAAUCUCCUUGUCCAUGAUUUGCUUUUAUCUAUAUGUAAAUAUGGAAAUGCCUUUUGGGUCUUGUAGAUAAUAAGGGGGAAGAAGGGUGGGGCAUUUUUGUAAAGAUAAUUUAAGAGAAAAAAACUAUUUUUUAAAAAUAAAAUGUAGCCAUUUGCUCGUUCGACAAAUAAGAUCUUGCAUAAUUGGUAGUGAGACUUCAGUAUCAAUCCUCAGAGGCAGGUUUUACCAAGGAUAACUGAGUUUUCAGUAUCAAGAGUCUAGCCAUUGAUCACUGCCCAACUUGAGUUUCAGUAGCACUAUAUGUGGAGAAGGAUCUGCUUGCAUAACUUAAAAGUGUGCUCAGAAAUUGUGCCAAAGUUAGUGUGCCAAUCCUGAGACCCAGUACCUUAGGUCUUGUGCAUGAUGCUUCUAUGGUGGUUAUUUACCUGCCUUCUUUUCCCAAUCUUGCUUCUCAGUGGCCUCCAGGUACCACACCUUCAGGAUUACUAGCAUCAGCUGCCAUGUGCAAGUUAAACAUUUUCCAGGGAAACACAUCUUCAGCAUCUAGAGUAUAGUCGUUCAGUGUCCUUGACUUCUUUGUGCUAGGAAAAAGUCAAAGGCAAACGAGAGGGAACUUGAUUAGGGGGCUGUUGUCUCUCACACUGUUUCAGGCCACAUCCUCACCCAAUUUAUAGCAUGGUUAUGUUGCUUUAACUGUCACAGCUUUGCCCAUGGAAUCCUGGGAACUGUAGUUUGUUAAGGGUGCUGAGAGUUGUUAAGGGAAACCAGUUCCCCCUCACAGAGCUACAGUUGCUGGAGAAGAGGAAUUGAUUGUUCAACCACUUGGGGAAUUGUAGCUCUGUGAAGGGGAAUAUGGACCUCCUAACAACUCCCAGCACCUAUAACAAGCUUCAGUUCCCAGGAAUGUUUGGAGGAAACCAUUGCUGUUUAAUAAAGUAGUAUAACAGUGCUUUAAGUGAAUGGGUGCAGAUGUGGCCUUAGUAAUGUCCUGUAAGUGGCAAGAGUAGACCAAAAAAUAGAGAUUGAAAUGAAUCACAGAAAUGACCAUCUCUUUACACACACACACACACACACACACACACACUUUUCCUCCCAUGGUUGUCCCGAAAUGUAAAAGAUAGAUGUCAAACACAUGUGUUGUAUAAAUGUACUUGUCAAAGAACUGGGAUUAGUUCAGUCAGGUCUGGCGCAAGACAUCUCACUUCCUGAGGCAAAUGGCAAGAUGGUGCCCUCCCUUGAUUCCAUAGACAGAAUCCAACUCUGCUGGUAGUUCAAUCUUUCUUAGGCGCCACCUUGUGGCAUCCUCCACCAAAACUCAGGUCAGCCGGAUAGUUUAGCAGGUACAGCUCUGUUCUCCAAUAGCUUGCCACCACUCCUCAUCUCUUCCCCCCUCCCACUGCCUCACUUUACCACAUAGUAAGGCUGGCCCCAAUGGUGACUUCCUACUGAGGGCGCCCUUAACGUCCGGAUUUGUCGAUGUGUGAAAUGACCCUUUUUUCAAAACUUAAGAAUCCUAGGCCUGUGAUAUAUAUGCCAGUGUGAUGUCAUGAUCACAGGAUCAGCCCUUUCUGUGAUUUUUCUCAGUACUUAUCCUUGUCCCUGUUAUGGCCUCGUCGCCCUUCAAGGUUGAAUCUGGCUGCAUUUUCAUCUAGCUUGGCGCCGUUGUGGGAGAGGUUGUUUCUCUGCCUGCUUCAUGUCUUGUUCCCACAAUUCCUGCAUUCAAUGAAGCCCCUCUUCCUUUUCAGGAGUGCUUGCAUUCUUAUAUUAUCCCUACUUUUCUGGCCUCCUCUAGUUCUUUUAAUACAACUCAAAAUCGCCAGGAAGCCUGUGGCUUAUGCGCCCAAAAGUUUGUGCACAGCACCCUCCCAUCACCCUCUCUGUAAUUUGAGGACCAGGUUUCUGGGAAACCCACAAGGCUCCCUUGGAGGGGAACUCCAAAGUCCCUUCAUGCACAGAGUGCUACCUACACAGCCCUCUGGGUUGGUGGAAGAGAGUUGGGGAGGGUUACCAUUCUGUACUAAAAUGCAAGGGUUGCUCUGAGCUGCUGAUAUUUUACAAAAAUAAAUAAAUAAAUAAAUUGUUAACCUCACCAAGCAUGGGUUAAACCAAAUGCUUGUGGUCAAAGGAAUAUUCCUCUGCGCAGUUUUCUCUGAAGCACAAUCAGUGACUGCAGUCCAAACUCAUAUCCCAAAAAAAUUAACCAAAAUUCCAGUUCCAGGGUGUGUGCAUUUUUUGUGGGGAGAGCUGUGUGUUUUGCAUAACCUUUCUGCGUAUCAUGCCCAAACACAUUUCUCA